AUGAAUUUUGCUUCCUUCCUCUCUCACAUUGAGAGUACCAUCGACAAGGCCCUCUCUACAGAAGGAGAGGAAAAGAAGGAUGAGAAGAAGAGUAGUAAAUCUUCAACCUCUGUUGCUAGCACACCAUCGAAAAGUACAUCGGAAAGCAAAAUAAAUUCUCCAUCGAUCAUCAAAACUAGUAGCAGUAGUAAUAAUUUAUCAACAACAGCAGCAUCAACUUUGGCUGUAGAUUCUAGUAAAGAGAAAACGCCAUCAAUUAAAGUGGUACUUUAUGAUGGAAGUAAAGAACAACCAAUUGUUACAGAAUUGAGGGAACAAAUAGAGGCACUUGAAAAAGCUACCAAACAUCAUUUGGAACAACAGGAUGAACAAGCUAAAACAAUUGAAGAGCAUUUGAGCAAAAUCAAACAAUUGGAAAAGGAAAAAUCUAAAGUUCAAACAUUGCACGAUGACUUGACUAUGGAAACAAGGGAAAAGGCAAAACAAUUUGAUACAUUGAAGGAGGAAUUUAGUACAAGAUUAGGAAAGGAGGAAAAUAAAACAGCAGCACUCAGAAGAGAUAAGGAACAAUUAAAGAAGGAAGUGCAGGCAAAGGAAAAGACUAUUAGUGAAUUGAAUGAACAACUAGCUAAGGAAACACAAGAAAAGGAAUCUCUCAAACAAUUGAAGGAAAAGUUUGAAGCUCAAAUCAAGGAAAUGGAACAAAAACGAGUUGAGGACAAACUUGAACAACAAAAUACACAAAUUGACUCUUACAAGAAACAAAUUGAAACUUUGGAGGGUAAUCUUACACAAGUUAAAAAUGAAAAUGAGCAAAACAAGACCACAAUUGCAUCAUUGAGAAAGGAGUACAGUUUCGAAUUGGAGGUCAAGAUUAAUGAGCUGAAUAGAAAACAUGAGGCGGAAUUAUUGGAACUCCAACAAACUAUUGAUCAACUCAGAGAGACAGUUUCCAAUGCGAACUCCUCUGCAGACGAAAAGGUAGAAACUCUAAAGAAGGAUGUUGAACUAUGGAUGAAGAAGCACAGAGACUUGGAGGAUAAAUCUCAAGAAAUAAUGUCUCUCAUUCCUGAUGCUACUAAACCAUUAUUGGAACAGAUUCAAUCUUUGGAACAAUCGACAACGACAAAGGCCAAUCUCUCAUCAGAGAAGGAGAAAAAGUUCCAAACCAAGUUACAAAUUGCAGAGAAUAAUCUCAAACUAACUGAGCAGGAGGUUACCAGAUUGACAAAGCUUACAGAACGAUUAAAACAAAAUAAUCAAGAGCUGGAAGGUGAUAUUCAACAAAUGAAAGAAAUUUUGAAUACAGAAAGGCAAAAAACUGAGCAAGAACGAUCCAAGAGAGUAGAAAUUGAAACCUCUGUCUCUGCAAUUAAAACAUCACUCAAAAGAUCACAAGAAGACAAUCACUAUUUGGAACAACAAAUUAAUGAACUCCAUGAAACAAUAAGGAAAUUGAAUGCUGAAUUGGAAAAGAACUCCUCGAAUAGUAAUACCAACCAUCACACUGUACCAUAUGAAACAACAUCCUCUGAACAUGCAGCUUCAAAUCAAUCCACCCCUCAAAUGACAUCAGACGAAACAGAACAAGCCACAGAAAAUGAAACAGAGAUGAUAAAUUUAACUAAUAGCGAGCUUUUAGAAAUUAUAGAAAAGAAGAAUAACAAGAUCAAAACACUCUUUGUACAGAUUAGAGAUUUGGAAGAAAUUAAGGAAGAUUUAUCUGAACGAUUGGCCAUGUACAAGCAAACCAAUCAAACACUUGCCAAUGAAAUUAAUGAAAAGGAACUCACUCUGAAACAAUUUAAUGAUCUCAAGUUUAGAUACGAGGCAGCUUUAGAUUUAAUUGGUGAAAAGGAAGAAGCGCUCCAAACCAUUCAAGAAGAAUUCAAAUAUGUCAAGGAAACUUUUAGGACUCAAAUCUCAUCUCUUUUGAAAGAAAUUGAAACACUCAAAACAUGA